AUGUCUAAAUUCAAAUUUGGGGCCCACAUCAGUACUUCGGGAGGAGUGUCGAACGCAGUGACCAACUCGACUAAUAUAUCCGCCAAAAGUUUUGCCCUGUUCCUGAAGUCCCCAAGGCGAUGGGUCUCGCCAAUGUUCACUGACGAUGAAGUGAAUAAAUUCAAAGCUCUGUGCAAAGAACACAACUAUAAUUCUCGUACAGAGAUUCUCCCCCACGGUUCAUAUUUCAUUAAUCUAGCUAAUCCCGAUUUGGAAAAGGAAGAAAAGGCCUAUGGUGCAUUCUUAGAUGAUCUUAAGAGAUGUGAACUACUGGAUAUAGGGCUAUACAAUUUUCAUCCGGGAAGUGAUCUAGGAUCCGAUCACCAAGAAGCUUUGAAAAGAUUGGCGAAAAACAUUAACACUGCUAUCAAUGAGACCAAAUUUGUGAAGAUUGUAAUUGAGAAUAUGGCCGGCCAUGGGAACUUGAUUGGGUCAGACCUCGAGGAUAUCAAAACUGUGAUUGACAUGGUAGAUGAUAAAUCAAGAGUUGGCGUUUGUAUCGACACCUGUCACACAUUUGCUGCCGGAUAUGACAUACGGGAUGAAGAGUCAUACAAUGCUUUUUGGGAACUUUACGAUAAAACAAUUGGAUUUGAGUAUUUGAGUGCUAUUCACUUAAAUGAUUCCAAGGCUCCGUUAGGUGCUAAUAAAGAUUUGCAUCAAAAAAUCGGAUGGGGCUUUUUAGGCUUGGAGCCAUUCAGGUUAAUUGCUAAUUCAGAGUUUCUUCAAGGCAUCCCACUCGUUUUGGAAACACCGAACGAUAAUACUCCUCAAUUGUGGGAAGAAGAAAUAAAGCUCUUAGAGUGGUUAGAGGGGAAAUCAAAAGAUGACCCGGCAGUUUUGGAGAGGGCUGCUGAAUUGUCCAAGCUCGGAAAGACUGAAAGGGAUCAGCAUUCAGCAAAAUACGCAAAGAAAGUAGAAAAGGGUAAGAAGAAGACAACAAAAAAGGGAAGCAUAAAGGACCAGCCAACUGUGAUUGAUCAAUUGAAUAAACGAAAGAAGUAG